AUGCACCAGGUAGACAAUUCACAACUAGCAAGGAGCAAAAAGCAUUUGAAGCAAGACAUCUCAGGAGUCAAGAAUCUUGACUUCUCUCGUGGUGUUGAUUGGAAAGAGGUGAUUUCUUGCACGGUACGGCAACCUUAUCUUCUCUCUCAACUGACACUUCGCAAGGCCUCAAAUGACUUUGUGGGGGAUCGGCGUGAUCCCAUGCUUCUUGAGGCUGUAUACGGCAAGGAAAUGUCCCUAAUGAACCGUAGACUUCAUUGUAAACUCGAUAAAGACGGCAUUUGCCAGUUGAUGACGGUGCCACCGAAUUCUGUGGAGUUAGCUAAAGCCGUAUUCACACCUAACAAAAUUGAGGAGCUCUUUGCAAACUCCGAUUUCACCAAUCCUAUUCUUCUGCCCCAUGAUAGUGUUUAUAUUAGCAUACAGUGCAAACUGGUAGGGCCAAGUGAUAUGUUCGGACAGAUGAAGGCGGCAAAAUCCUCCUGUCUCCUCUUUCGUACGCAAAUUCCAGUCCAAUGCCACUUCUGCCUCAUCCUUCAUAAACUGCUCUCUAAUCCAUCCACCUCCCUUCGGAGUGACAUCGACGCUGAAUGGCAGGAAGAAAAUGGAGCAAACAUGACUGGGAGAAGCAGUUUUGCAAUCGCAAACAAUCGUCUAGAGGAGAAGAAGAAGAGAAUGAAUAGCGAUGAAAAGCAGCAAGGAAGAUUAAGACAAAUCGGAUCAGCCACCGCUCUAUUCCGCUUCGGUUCAAUCGGACAUCCAGCUCAUGAUCUAUCCAUGGUGGUCGUUUUCAAGUCGAUCAAUUCUGAUGUCACCUACAUGGUCAAUUGCUGCGCUGAAGGGCAGCGGAUUAUGAUGUUCAUCAACGGAAAGCGCAGCCUCAGUAUCGCUUCUUCUGUGUUGUACCUAUCUCCAACACCCACCAAUCGACGAGAUAUGGAGAGCUAUGCUUUUGGCAAGACCAAGUGA